GUAUUUCUGUUAACCCCUGUCUGCAUAGACAUCAUCGAUCCUGCACUGCACCCAAUGAAGUAGUGUGCACUGGUUGGUCCCUACUAGUCCGAGACCCCUCGGUCCCCUUAUCAGGGCGUGAGAUCGACCCCCGCAGGUGCCUAACUCUUACUUACUUCUUACUACUAGCCGCAGAGUAUAAAUAAACCCUCCCCUGUCCCACAUCGGGCAACUCAUCUUACAUCUUUCAUCAACAUUUUUAGGUCAAAGGUUUACAGAUUCUCUUCUCACUCAAGAACUACUUCUCUUUGUCAAAACAAAUAUACCGCCAACAUGCCUCACCAGUACAUGGUCAGCCUCAAGAAGGAGUCUCCCCCUGAGGAGCUCGAGAAGGCCAAGAAGACCGCCACCGACAACGGAGGCAAGAUCGUGAAGGAAUUUGCUCUGGUCAAGGGUUUCGUUGUCCAAUACGACGAUGAGCAAGUCUCCACCCUCCAGUCCUCCGACCACAUCCACGUCGAGAAAGACAGCGAAGUCUCGAUCCAGUAA